AUGGAGACAGCGUCGGACGCCUCGGUCCGGUUCGUCGACCAUGACGAAUCCGACUCGGACUCCGACUCGGCGAGACUCACUGCCGACCGCCGCGGCAACUCAAAGAACGGGCUCAGCCAAGCUAGGGCUGAACUAAAAAAGAAAGAGGAGGAAGACAGGGAACUCGCCUUCGAGCGUACCCUGCGCAGCCGAGCCUUUAAAAAGGCGCCGGCUGCGGCGCCGGUGGUCAACGAGCCGACCCCCGCAAUAAGCAUCACAGACCCAGCCGACUUAAGCGCCGAGGAGCUCCGCGCGGAGGCUGGCCGAAAUGCGGCCCAGAUCCGAGAGGUCGCUCUUAAAUCCUCCAACUUGAAAGGAGGGUUUAUUAAAAAGCUAAAGGACGCAGCGACCUCUCUGGAGGGUGUGGUCGAGGCCCUCGCCUCUCGGACGGAGGCCGAGGAGAGCAGGAGGCUCCGGGCAGAUAACAACCGCCUGCACAGGGAGGUUGAAAACCUCAAGGCGGAGCUAAAGGCCCACCGCCGUGAGUACGCGGAGAUGCGUACCACGGUGGCAGCGGCGACCGAGGCGGCCAACACCCCGCGAGGCGCUCCUUCGAUUGCGGAGCUCAAGGACUUCAUCGUCAGGUCGAUCGGCGCGGCGAUGAAGGACCAAUUGGCGGGCCUGGAGGAGCGCCUCCCUGCGAGGAUGCAGCGACCUCCCUCCGCGGCAGAUAAACCGCUAGAGGUGACGCCGUCUCACGCGUCGGCGGCCCGUCAGCCGGCGAUACCGAAAAAGGCCAGGAAAACGGCCCCACCAGUGGCACAAUCGCCGACCGCAGGCCCUCCAUGUGCGACGGUAAGCGCCCCGGUUGCACCGGCGACGUCCCAGACACCACCGAACAAGGUAACGUCCUGGUCCACGGUGGUGAAGAAGGGCAGGAAGGGGAGCAAGACCACCUCUUCCGCCGACGCUACGGCCGCAAAGGCGCCGCCGAAGACGCCCCAGCCAGCCAAAUCGAAGCUGGCCACCCCUCGCUCGGCUGCAAUCGUUCUCACGUUGCAGCCGGAAGCAGUAGGAAAGGGCGUCACCUACGCGCAGGUCCUGGAGAGAGCGGAGCAAAGUGUCAAGCUCCAGGACCUAGGAAUCAGCGGUGGGCUGAAGGUGCGACGCACGGCGACCGGAGCCAGGGCUCUCGAGCUGCCGAAAGCCCAAGCGGAGCAGGCCGAUAGGUUGGCGGCGAAGCUCCGCACAGUUCUCGACGGGGUCGCUGACGUAGUGCGCCCGGUCAAGAAGGCCGACCUGAAGGUGACGGGGCUCGACGACUCCGUCACCUUGGAGAAACUGGCCGCGGCGAUCGCGCACGCCGGUGACUGCUCCUCCGAGGCGGUGAAGUGCGGAGUGAUGCAGCGCGGACCCGGCUAUAUGGGGAUGGUCCGCGUCACCUGCCCCCUCACGGCAGCGAAGAAGCUGGCCGCUGCCGGUGGCCUCCUCGUCGGGUGGAGCUCGGCCAAGGUGGCCGUCGUGGAGCAGCGCCCUAUGCGCGGCUACAAGUGUAUGGGCCUUGGCCAUACACGGGCGCUCUGCCCGUCGAAGGCGGAGAGGGGAGGCCUGUGCUACCGCUGUGGCUCGGACGGCCACAAGUCAGCGGAAUGCACGGCCAAGAUGCGCUGCGCGGUCUGCGCGGAGGCUGGCAAGCCUUCGGGGCACCUGAUGGGGGCCAGGGAUUGCAACCCCCCCAUCACGAAGGAAUCGCACUGUUGA